AUGGGAAUCUCUUCUCUAUGUGCGGCGCGAAUUUUCACAGAGCACAAUCGCGAACUCUUUGAUUCUCUAGACUUUGCCCCUCUCGGACUAGCAAACUACGCGAAUGCAGUAUCUCGCAUUCUCUUUCCAGAAUCUUCUGGGGUCCGCGGAAGCAGGCCUGAGCCACAGCAUCAACGACAGGUGAUCAUGCUAAAUGAAGCUUCGUCGGCAACUGAGGAAGGUAGGGAUUUUGCUCGCAGGAGCAGUGACAGCGCAGAAGCGACUGUUAUGACGCCUGCGCUUCUACGCCGUGUGAAGAAAAUUGAGGAAAUUGCAAUUCAUCCUACUUUGAUGAGUUCGAGUUCUACUGACGGAAAGACGACAACAAAGUCCUACGAAAAAACCGAGGUGUGGGAGGCGCGCGAGUUGCGCACGCUCAUGGCGGCAGUGUCCAGAGAAGGGAAACAUCGGCAUCAAUCAGGGUGUACGCGGGAAACGAUGGACUUUUUACACUUUGUCGCUGAAAAGAUACUUCCGCGUUUGCUAAGACGAGAAGCGGGGGAGCGACUACAUGGAGGAGCAGCUGGAGUAGAAAAAUCGGGUAGAAGUUUUUACUUAGGACAAGGAGCACGAGCACCAGAAUUUCAAAGUGACCACUCGUCAUCGAUGGAGCAGCCGGGCACCAGUAUCGAUCCCGCACUAGCAAGCAGUUUGUCUGCCAUGUGCAUGUAUACCUUUGCCCAGUGUCGGGUUUUACCACGAAAGCAAACGAUCGGCGUCUUAGUGCACAAUAUCUGUAGGCUGAACGAUCAUGGUCGUGGCGCCUCAAGAAUACCUCCUAGGGACCGCGUUUCGACCCUGUUCGCACUCGCAGUGCUGAAUCAGCCAGAAAUAUUUUGGCAAUACCGAGAAAAGCUUUUGCUUGGCGGCCAACAUGUUGUUGAUGAACGCUCAGCCUCAACAAGUCGUUUGUCGAACUCGAGCAUAGGAAAUAGAAGUGCUUCUUCCUCCAGCUCCAGGUCCAACGUGAUGAACACGAUUCGAGACACAGUCUGCGAGAUGUGGAGUCUGUGUUUGUUAGGGGAUUGCGCAAUGGCAGGAGAGAUGUAUCAACGUCGGUUUCUAGAAGAAGUCGCUGGCAGUUCGUCCUUAUCUGUUUCGUCGCUGGAACGAGGACAUCUCAUUUCUGCAACGGAAGCUACGCAACUCGGGUAUGUGAAGCUUUGUUUACGCUUGGCCAAGGAAAAAGAGAAGCAAGCAGGAGGUAAUGGUGCUCCUCAUAAAGGUAUCCUUUCAACACCAGUUUCGCGUUCGACGCACAAUGAAGGGAGAAGACGAACACAGCCUUGCAGCUCAUGGGCACAUAUCCGGGUAGCUGAAGCGACUGGGAAACUGGACCUUCGUGAUUUAGGUGGAAGUGAAGGCUGUCGCGCCGCACCUUGUCUAGUACCAAGUAAGCCUCAAGUACAAAGCGAAGCGCCGUUGCCAGGAUCGGACGGGCUCAUUCUGGUAGAUAUUCUGGUGCCUAAUCUAAACCUUGUUGUCGAAAUUGAUGGGCCCAGGCACUUCCUACAUCGCCUUGGAACAAAUGCGGAGGACGAUAUUGGGAGCGCUGCUGUACAACAGGCUACGCUUAAAACCCAGAUGGGUGAAGACCACGACGAUUGGCAGAAUAGAUACAAGACUUCUUUUGGUGGUAUGCUGGAGGAGAAAGAAGGCAGUGAAGACUCGAAAACCAGCGAGCAACCUAAAUCUUCACCAUCAUCCUGGCGAGGUUAUCAUACCGAUAAAGUACAGGACGGUGCGACGGCGUGUAAGCACAGAAUCAUUCGCCAGUUCGGGUACAAAUUACUCGUACUACGAGAUGACGCACUGCGGAACAUGAGCAAUAAUCAGCUACAGUCAAUGCUAAAAAAAUCGAUAAAAGUUGAUGAAGCUGAUCAAUUCUAGUAACCCGAGUUUCUUGCUUCUCCAGAAGUUUCGAGCACCAAAAGAAUUAGAGGCGUCUUUCACAAAAAAGUUAUAAUAUAUAUAAGAAAUAAGUAUCUAUACAAACUACAAUGAAUAUGUUUCCAUUUUCUGCAUAAGAUGAACGUCGAAAUUUUUAGGUUCAUUAACUUUCACUCAUCCACGCACGAGUAACCGCAUUCUCGAAGAAAUGCACCGUCCACAAUGAAUAAGUGUGAAGAUUGCAACAUACUAUUUGUAUUUUGUGGCAGCUGCAGUUCACAUCUUCGAAGCAAUGCCAGUACUUCUGAAGUGUGAUCAUUCUUAAGUCCGUCGUAGCACUGGCACUGGCAAGCGUCGAUGUCGCAAAUCAGGCAGCCUUGAGC